AGCUUUGCUCUUGGUCCCCCAGUGAGCAGGAGCUAGGGGUACAAGCAGAGCAAGGCUGCAGCAGUACUAAGUCCUUGGCAGAUUCCUUUCUCUGUGAGUGUAUCCAGAUCCGCAUCUUUGCUGAAGCCGAAGAAAGAGGAGACACUCACCAAAAAAAAAAAAAAAAAAAAAAAAAAAAAAAAAAAAAAAACUUAGCGGAAACUUGUCAGAGAAUGCUCCAAAAGUCAGUUAUUCUCCUGCUGCUGGUGAUCAGUGCUUCUGCAUCCUAUGAAGCCGAACAGAAUGACUCUGUGAGCCCCAGGAAAACCAGGGUUGCAGCACAGAACUCAGCUGAAGUGGUUCGCUGUUUAAACAGUGCCCUGCAAGUGGGCUGCGGGGCAUUUGCAUGCCUGGAGAACUCGACGUGCGACACCGACGGAAUGUACGACAUCUGCAAGUCCUUCCUCUACAGCGCUGCUAAAUUUGACACUCAGGGAAAAGCCUUUGUGAAAGAGAGCCUGAAAUGCAUUGCAAACGGAGUGACGUCCAAGGUUUUCCUGGCCAUUCGGAGGUGCUCCACUUUCCAAAGAAUGAUCUCGGAGGUGCAGGAGGAAUGUUACAGCAAACUGGACAUGUGUAGCAUUGCAAAGCGUAAUCCUGAAGCAAUCACGGAAGUUGUCCAGUUUCCAAAUCACUUCUCAAACAGGUAUUACAACAAGCUUGUGAGAAGCUUAUUGGAAUGUGAUGAAGAGACCGUCAGCACCAUCAAAGACAGCCUGAUGGAGAAGAUAGGACCCAACAUGGCUAGCCUCUUCCAUCUGCUGCAAACAGAUCACUGCGCUCAAACGCAUCCCAGAGCAGACUUCAACAGGCGGCGUAUUGUUGAGCCUCAAAAGCUAAAAAUCUAUUUCAGGAACCUCCGAGGUGAGGGGUCUGUUCCAUCCCAUGUGAAGCGUACCUCUUCAGAAAGCUCAUAAUUCCUGCGGGGAGAGAGAAUGGGUGUGUAGGGGAACCUAAGCACUACCAAAGUAGAAGCCUCUUUUUCUAGAAAGAGUUAAUACACCCAUCCAAGUGUACUGUAGGCUGAGUUUAACACCAAUUAGAAACUGGUUUUUAGAUUUAGUCGUUCAUAUUUUCUAUCCCUGUCAAACCAAUUUGCAUGGAACUAGGCUUCUGUGUUCAAUGUCCCAGCUUUCUGCCUUUGAAAUGUCACCUUCAUCUCUCUCCUCUUCCCCGCCAAAAAAAAAAAAAAAAA